AGAGAGAGAGAGAGAGAGAGAGAGAGACAGAGAACUGGGUGAACUGUUAAGUGUGAAGUUUGCGUUCCACCGACUCCUCAACUUUAUUCUUCUUCCAUGUCCCCACCAACGUCGGCUUUACAUUCUUCCUUCGUUGGACUCCUUUUCUUCUUCCAUCAUUCAACCCUUCCUCUCCCAACUGAGCUUUGCUUCAACUACGACUCAUUGAUGGCCUUCUCGCAGCUCAAAUUCAGGCUCACAUAGUAAUUAUUAAUGGCGACCACCACCGUUGGUUCCCUCUUCAACGGUUUCAUCGCUCUGCUUCUCCUUCUUCUCCAUCUGGGUUGCUUUGUCUUCAGUACUACCGCGGAUGGUCCUUCCACGAAGAAACGAAAGGUAUCUCCUCAAACUUCCACGUCUCCUUCUCCGCCGCCUCGCCUGAAGUUUAACUCACACAAGGCUCUUUCCUCCUCUUGGUCCUAUAUCAAACGGAUCUUCUCCUUCAACCACCCAAACAAAGGUGUCGACACCCACCCCACAACACCAACUUUGUCAUCCGCCAGAUCCUCGCAGCAAUUAACUCCUGAACCGAUUGUGUCGGCUCCUCCGCGCAAGAAACCCACUCUGUCCAAGAAAGAGACCGAUAUUUCGGUCGAUCAUUCUUCCUUUCCUCUCCGGAACGAUAUAUUCCCAUGCCCAAUAUGCGGGGAGAUUUUCCACAAGACCCAACUUCUCGAACAACACCAGUCACUCAAGCACGCCGUUUCAGAGCUCUUGGACGGCGACUCUGGAAAAAAUAUCGUUCAAAUCAUCUUCAAAACGGGUUGGGAUGACAGACAGAAGAACCCCACAAUUCACCGGAUCCUCAAAAUCCACAACAGCCCCAAAAUACUAGCGAGGUUCGAAGAGCACAGAGAGUACGUGAAACUGAAAGCUGCACGCAGCGGGGUCAGGAAACGAGACGAGAGGUGCAUCGCAGAUGGGAACGAGCUCUUGAGGUUCCACUGUUCGACCUUUGUAUGUGAUCUGGGGCAGAAUGGAAACUCCAGCCUCUGUACCCAGCAGUACUGCAGCAUCUGCGGGAUCAUCAGGUCGGGGUUCUCGACCAAGAUGGAUGGCACGUCGACGCUGUCCAGCAGCUGGAGGGCACACAUGGCGCUGCCUGAUGAGAUCGAGGAGGAUUUCGCGUUCAUGAACGUGAAGCGAGCCAUGCUGGUGUGCCGAGUUGUGGCGGGUCGUGUCGGAAUAAUCGGACGUGAUGAGGAUAUCGUUGACAAAGACGAGUUGGGGUUUGACUCAGUCGUCGGGAGUGGUGGCGGGGUCCAAUCCAGGAUGGAUGAAGAUGAGCUUUUCGUCUUCAAUCCAAGGGCCGUUCUUCCUUGCUUUGUUAUUGUAUACAGCGUAUGAGCGGUGAAUGUCAGAGUGUGAUUUUCUGCAACCGACCCCGCUUUCUUCUUUGUAAAGUAUUUUCCUUUGUUUUCUCAAAAAAGAGAAAAAGGAAGGGAGGGGGGGGGAGAAAGGAAUGCUUAGGUGGCGUUGUGGUUGGCAUGACUGAAUGUACUAUGAAAGUGUCGGCACUUCUUUUAGGGUUAUGUGUCGUGUUUCUCAACUGACUUGAGGUUUGAUCUGAUGCAGCAGUGCUUAUGUGUUUCAUGCUUCUAGUGGGUUCUUUAUGAAGAAAAUAAAUCUGCUCUUUACGUGAUGUAAAUCGUCUGAUCAUCGGAUCAUGUCCUUGAUUCAGACUUAAGCGGAUGGAUGGGCCAAUUAAGUUGGUAGAUCCAUUAGAGGUCUGGUAUAUGGGCCUUAAAUCCAUCUUGUGGAAUUUAUAUUUAUACCUGUAUGAAAUGUAAAGGCAAGUGCAUAAGUGAUAAGUAUAAUAGUGGAUUGAAGUACACGUGCUACAGGGACAGAAGAGGAUGUAAUGUAUGGAUGUUUGGUGGGUCACAUGGCCCAUGGGUGGUCUUUAAUCUUUAUCACGUAUGGUAGCCAAUGACAAUGGGCCAUUUUUC